ACGAAUCCGUUAAAGAGGGAAAAUUAAGCUGAAUUUGUUUCGUCUUCACCGAACGGCUCUACAGACGUUCAUCACGCGCCUUACAGAACCGCCGUCUUCACCGAACGAGCUACAGAUGGACGUCUCUGCAGAAUGACCCACCUGCUUCACAGCCGUCCUCCUGUCUGCUGUCCCUGCUGGUGUGUUCAGUGUUAAAGAAGGAACUGAGAGCAGAUCUGACUCAGCUGUGGAACCUUCUUCCUGGUUCUGAGCUGUAAUGCAAGCAGAGGCAGUCGGGCAGUCGGUUUAAUCACCCUGAGAGUCGGAGCUGGACGUACAGCGAUGCCUCCUGUUCUCCACCUGACCGCGUUCCUCUGGGUUCUAUCCGCGACAGUUCACAGUUAUUACUUUUUCUAUUCCGUUGAGUGCCGGACCCUCGGCUCGCCCCAGAACAUUGAGGUUCUUAUAUCCUUGGUGUACAACAAGGGAAAAGUCCUGACGUACAACAGCACUGAGAAUGAAGUUGUUGCUUACAGUGAAUAUGGAGAAAAAUGGGCCAAAGACUUCAAUAGCAAAACACACUGGCUGCACUCGGAGGCAGAAAAGGUCAUCUCCGACUGCAGAGAGUAUGGAGGACAGCUGUCUCCAGUGGACAGAGCAGUGAGGCCAAGGGUCAUGCUGAGGUCACUGAGGCCGGCCAGCGGAGACCAGCCGGCCGUGCUGAUGUGCAGCGCCUACGACUUUUACCCCAAACCCAUCAAACUGACCUGGCUGAGGGGCAGCGAGAAAGUGACCACUGACGUGGUCUCCACAGAGGAGCUGACCAAUGGAGACUGGUACUACCAAGUGCAUUCCCAGCUGGAGUUCACUCCAGAACCUGCAGAGGACAUCUCCUGCAUGGUGGAACAUCUAGGCUUUAGGGAACCCGCCCUGUUCCACUGGAGCCACAGUGACGAGGCGUCUCUCUCUGAGUCCGACAGAGACAGAAUCGCAGUGGGAGCUGCAGCUCUGUUGCUGGGAGGAGUCACAGCCCUGACAGGCCUCGUCUACUAUAAGAGAAAACUGACAGGAUGGACAUCAGUGCAGGUUUUGGAACUUGGAAGCAGAACACAGUGACCUCCACGACGUAUGAAGAACAAACAAACAAAGAAAGUAUACAACCGCCCACAUGUCUGGCCGGACACUGAAGGAC